AUGGUUUUGACUAUCAUUGCAGAACUCAACACGGCCACCUACAGCGCCUCCUGGCGGGCUAUAGACUCCUUGACGCGUCGCAUGGAGGACCUGGAGAACGCGAUGGUGGAGCUCAACACGGCCGUGCGACACACCCAAACGCUCCACUGGGCCACGACGCAGGCGUUUGUUGAUAUCCAGAGGGUCUCGCCCUCAAACCUCGCGGCCACCACGAUGUCCCCAGACGUCCUCAUAGCACACUCCGCCUCGUCCUCAGAUUCCGACCUUUCCUGGCACUCCGCAACUUCAUUGCGUUCCGGCAACAACACACUAACAUCGUUCCAGCCCUUGCAGUCAGCCUCCAGCUCACCAUCCAUCCACUCCGACCCGUCCUCACUUCCAGACUACAGCGCUUUAUUCUUGCAUUCAGGUCCCUCCUCCUUCCCAGGCCCCAGCGCCAUAUCCUUGCAAUCUGUCGUGUCUCAUCCAGACACUACUCCCUUAUACGUGCACCGCGCCCCGUCCUCAUAUCCAGACACAUCCUUGCUCCACGACCCGUCAUCGUGUCCAGACACUAGCUCCAUGUCCCUGUGCCGAGACCUGUCCUUCAGUCAAGACACCAGCCUUAUGUCAAUGCAACGCGACCAGUCGUCUUAUCUAGAUGUCAGCGCCACGUCCUCGCAUUCAAGACACAGUGCAACCUCCCUGUCCCGUGAGAUGUGCUCACGUACAGACACCAACGGCCCAUUCUCGCCCAGAGAACCGCGCCCGUAUCCACGCCCCAGUGCACCGGCCUCCCCCUCCGGUUCAGACACCCCCACGAAUCUCUCUGUUCUCGUUACUCACUUGGCCCCAACAAUCUCCUCAGUCACACAGUCAGACGUUCUCUCUCCCCUCUCUGUAAAUGCCGAGAAACUUGAAACACCCACUAUCUCUUAUGACGUAUCGUCUGCUGCAACACUACCAAUCGCUUGUACUUCCACCGUUGCCGAAACCUUCUCUACAAUCACAAGCACUGUAGAUCCAACUUCUGCUGCUCCAUCCCCGCCUCCAACAUCCUCUGCUCCAUCCCCGCCUCCAACAUCCUCUGCUCCAUCCCGGCUCUAA